UAAGCUGUUAUUGGCCUUUAUAAACCCAACAAGACAUAGAAGACAAGAUGUUGAAACAUGGUGGUGUUACUCCUCGACUUUACUCUCAAGUUCUUCGUCUUGCAGCUUCCUGCAACAUACACACCACACUCUCAACUUUCAGUGAACUGAAAGCCGAAGAGAAUGAGGAGUUUCGCACUUUGGAGUUGAGGUCCAAGAAGUUUGUGCGACAACCUGCCAGGGUAAUGAAGUCACAUAAUGUUGUACCACCUAGGUAUAAACGCCAAAAAGUUGAUCAAGAUUGGGGAAAUGUGUGGCCUGCUGCUCGGACUUUUCAUCCAGCAUCUGUGCCUCUGCCAGUACGUCAGGGAUACCCAGCAUCAGGACAGGUCACGCCAGACAAAUGGGGUAAUGCAGAGCUCAUGAAAAUUCCAAAUUUUCUGCACUUGACGCCUCCAGUUAUUAAACGCCAGUGUGAAGCUCUGAAAAAAUUUUGCACACCUUGGCCAUCUGGGAUUGAAACUGCAGCUGAACAGGAGAAAUAUUUUCCAGUGAUGGUGUCAAAAAGUACCUACCUGCACUCUUCACCAACCCUAAGGGAUCAAAAAGCCAGAAUAGUCACUCUUAGGGUAUCUCUGAAGAGCCUUGAUCUUGACGACCAUGGACGAGACAAGCUACUUAGGUUGGUGAAAAAUAGACAUGACCCCACCACUGACUGUCUCACCAUAGUAGCUGAUCGUUGUCCCCUCUCUCAGCAGAACUAUGACUACUGCUUCUAUCUUCUAACUGUUUUGUAUAAUGAAUCAAUGAAAACAGAACCUUGGGAACAUGAGAAGGAAGUAGCCGACCGUGAACGAUACAUAUGGGAAGGAAGUCCUUCACAAGCAGCACUUCAAGCAAUAAUUGAUUCUAACGAGGAUUCAUCGCCUGAGGAAGUCAUCGAAGAAUAUAAAAAAGUUGUCACUGACCUGCAUAAUGAAGGUGAAGAUGAGCCAACUCUCUCAAGAUAUCGAGAUUCAGUUAUGAAGUUGGUUGGAUUGGCAUAAAUCCAUUAGUUGGAGUUUCUUUGAAAAUAAAAUUUGUGGUUUGCUAAAAAUAAUAUUGUAGAGAGAAACUGUACAUUUACACAUUCAGUUUAAGUCUAGUUAAAGCACAUUGUAUAGUUGCAUAUCUGAAGGUGGUUAAAUUUGUUCAGUUUUGUAACAAUUAUAACUAAAACAAUUA